CCCGCCCUUCCCCCCUCCCUCCACUCCUCCAAUCCGUCCCCGUGUCCCACUAAAGCGAUUUCAGCGCAUGCAGGGACUCGCACCCUACGGCUACGGAUGGCAACAUGGCGACAGAGUUCCACAAUCUGCAGGAGUUGAGGCACAGUGCAUCUCUGGCAAACAAAGUCUUCAUCCAGAGAGACUACAGUGAAGGCACCACCUGCAAGUUUCAGACCAAGUUCCCCUCGGAGCUGGAGAGCAGGAUUGAGCGAACGCUGUUUGAAGACACUGUGAAGACGCUGAAUAACUACUACACAGAGGCGGAGAAGAUAGGAGGCCAGUCCUACCUGGAGGGCUGUCUGGCCUGCACUACUGCAUAUCUUAUCUUCCUCUGCAUGGAGACACGCUAUGAGAAGGUGUUGAAGAAGAUAGCCAAGUACAUUCAGGAGCAGAAUGAGAAGAUCUAUGCUCCCAGAGGGCUGCUCAUCACAGAUCCCAUAGAGAGGGGAAUGCGUGUUAUAGAGAUUUCCAUUUAUGAAGACAGGGGCUCCAGUGGCUCCAGCUCAGGGAGCAGCUCCGUGUCCGGCAGCACCGCUCGAUGACUGGGCACUUCCUUAACAACUGCGUCCCCCUGAUCACUCCCAACCCUCGGGGAAAACUUAGGACAAUGUUGCUUCUCCUGUUUCAGCUCUUAGCCCAUGCACGCUCACACAAAGGAUUCACUAGCUUUCAACUCGGAGGGGCUCCUGACGCGCUGACACAUGCUCAAGCUCUUUUUCACAUUGAACGCUUAAAACACACACUUUUGUAGUUUUUUGCAAAUCAAUGUGCAUGCGCCAACUCAGUCAUGUUUCUGUAGGACGUCUCUGUGAAAACAACAUUUUGUUAGCAAUACUUUGUGUGAUCGUGAUCGUACCGUCGUAGCUUCCUUCCUGUCCUCUUUGAUGUUACCACAGCUGUGUGUAAUGUGGUGGGAGAGAAAAGGAUGUGGGAAUAUAAACGAGGGAGGAAGGAAGUGCAGAGGCAGGAGUGGAGACCACAGGUCGCACCAGACCUCAUACCUCAGCCACCACAGUUGCACCAACAUGGUCCAUGUCAGCCACGACUGAGACGGACCAACCAGGAACCUGGACUGUACACAUCACUAUCAACCCUUAGCGCCAGACACUGGCUUUUAAGAUUUUAGCAAAUAUAUAGGUGCAUCUCAAAAACAUAGUGAAAAAAUUCUAUAUUUCUUGUCAGUUAUUUUAAAAAGUAAAACUUUUUUAAUUCCAAACACCUUUACUUAGAACCGGCCUUUAAUUUCUCAGUCUGGUUCAGUACACAACCUCAAUCAUGGAGAAGACUGCUGACUUGACAGUCGACCAGAAGACACUCACUGACACAGUAGAUCAUUACAGAAUAGGCUGGCUGUUCACAGAGUGCUGCAUCAAAACAUAUUCAAGUUGACUGGAAUGGAGAAGUGUGGUAGGAUAAGGUGAACAAUCAACAGGGAUAGCUGCAGCUUUGAGAGACUUGUCGAGUAAAGAUGAUUCAAGAACUUGGGAAAGCUUCACCAGGAGUGGACUGACACUGGAGUCAGUGCACCAAGAGCCACCACGCACAGACCUGUCCAGGAAAUGGGCAGCAAGUGUCUCACUCCCAGUGUCAAGCAGAGACAAUGCCAGAAGGAAGAAGUAGAACUGGGCUGUAGCUCAGUGGUCCAAAGUCCUCUUUUAAGAUGAAAAGUACAUUUUGAGUCUGGAGGAAGAGUGGAGAGGCAAGGAAUCCAGGUUGCUUGAAGUCCAUAGUCAGUGAUGGUUUGAGGAGCCGUGUCAUCUGCUGUUGUUGGUCCGCUGUGUUCUAUCAAGUCCAAAGCCAACGCAGUCAUCUACCAGAAGAUUUUAGAGCGCUUCAUGCUUCUGUCUGCUUACAAGCUUUAUGGACAUGCUGAUUUCCUUUUCCAGCAGGACUUGACACCUGCCCAUAGUGCUAAAAUGACUAGUAACUGGUUUGCUGACCAUGGUAUUACUGUUCUACAUUGGCCAGCGAACUCCACUGACCUGAACCCCAUAGAGAAUCUGUGAGGUAAUGUCAAGAGGAGGAUUAGAGACUCCAGACCUGACGAUACAGACCCAUCCAAGUAUUGAGUGCAUAGAUGAACAUAAUAUUCAGAUGGUUGACAUUUCUAUAUUAUAAAUCCUUUUUUGAUAUUCUAAUAUUUUGAACUUGCAUCUAAUCAUCAAAAUUAAAGAAAAAAAAUGGCUUGAAAUAUUUCAGUAAUGAAUCUAGAAUAUAUGAAAGUUGAAUUAAAUUAAGUCACGGAAAAAGGAACAUUUCCACGAUAUUCUAAUGUUUUGAGAUGCACCUGUAAGUAGGAUGUAUAAGUAUUUAAGUUAGGCGUCACCUCCCCAGAGCACAGAGAAAGUGUACAAAAAACCUCCUCCUCCUCCACCUCUGAUGUAAAAUCAUGCUGUGUGGUAGCAGAUGAAUGUCAUUCCGCCUGUCCAUGUAAAUAAUGUAGCAGAUCUUCCAUUUUUUCCUCUCACGUGAAGCCUAUACUUCAUUUGUUGGACACACGAACACAGGCACUUGCACAAAUCUAAGUACUAACCUCUUGGUUUCCAUGAGUGAGACGAACUCUUCCUAAAUUUUUGAUUAUGCAAAGACGUACUGUGCAUCACACGCGGAGGUGAGCGGACGAAGGAUGGGUCAAAAAGUCUUCCUGAAUCUUUACCUGUCAUGUUUGAAAAUACACCAACCCUUCCUCAAUUUCAGAACAAUGUUCCAAAGAAAAAAAAAAAGCUGCCAAAAACUGGCUCACAGAUGUGAAUGUGUCCCUUGUUUUGGUGACAUUUUGUGCAAGAACAAACUUUCGUACUGCUUGUUGUUUGAUACACAUGGCAAUGAGCUAAUAUGACUGGUGUCAAAUAAAUACUGUUUCAUCACAGCUGCA